GCUGCUGGAUGUUCCGAACCUAAAAUCCGCGUUUUUGUGAGUUUGCUACUAACUAAAAGUGGAAUCAUGGGUGACGAGCAGUGCCGAUUGUGCUUGGAAAGAUGCCCGGCUGGCGAGGGCACCUCAAUCGAAGACGCUGCGUUUCGACAAAUCGCUGCAGAUGUAUUCUCGUUUCCGAUCGAAACUAUGUCCACUCUGCCAGAGCUGGUAUGCGGUGCAUGCUCGGAUCGUAUUCAUGAUUUCCACGAGUACGCCGUGCAGGUGCGUGCCAACCAAGAGUUGCUCGUUAAAUGCUCCACGGACGAGGCAUCAAUGUUAGAGAUGGUCGAAGAAGAAGCAACAAUUGAGGAACAGAUGCUUGAAAUAGAAACGUGCGCUGAACUAAACGAAAAAACCAAGGAAAGUGUUGAUCCGCUCCAGGGUGAUCACGAUUCUUCCGUAGAGGACAACACGCGCGAACAGGAGGAUGAUCUUAUAUGCACGUACUACGAUAUGAAGUGUGAAAUCUGUUUGGCCGAGCUCGACACAUUCGCCCAACUGCAGCAGCACUACAAAAAGGAACACAGCGAGUGUGGCUAUGUUCGGUGUUGCGAUAAGGUCCUGACAAAACGAUGGCAGGUUCUCGAGCACAUCAGUAUGCACGAAGGAUCGUUGCGGUGCAAUAUGUGUGAGAAAAGCUACAAAUGCAACCGAACGUUGGAGCUGCACAAGCUGAACUGCCACGGUAAGCAGGAGGACAAGCCCUUCAAGUGCGACAAGUGCGAUCAAGCCUACCCGAAGCAGCAUCUGCUUACUGCCCAUCUGCAGCAACACGAGCAGGAGCAAUGUACGGUCUGCCGGAAGACGCUAUCGAACAAUCAGGCACUGAAAGUGCACAUGGCCCAGAUGCAUGGGCGCGAUAAUCAGCAGACUUGCGCUACCUGUAGCAAAACGUUCCGCACCAAGCUCGCGAUGGAGCGCCACAUCAAGGAGCACCGUGGCGAGCCAAGUGUGGAGAAGGUUCAGUGCCACAUCUGCUGCGAAUGGUUCAACGGAAUGAGUAAUGUGCAGAAACACAUCCGUUACACUCAUAUCGAGCAGGGACAGGAGUUUCAGUGUAGCAUCUGUUUGAACAAGUUUCCCAACACUCGUGCCCUGCUCUACCACAAACAGCGGGCGCACGUGGCGGGAAGGUUCGGCUGUAAAUACUGUGGAAGGCAUUUUAAAAAAAAUAUAUACCUCAAGGAACACGUUGCCUCCCACACGGGUCAGCCGCUAUAUGCGUGCGAGAUUUGCGGUACUACCUUCAACUCGAGCGCUAAUAUGUACGCUCAUUUUCGCACCAAGCAUCCUUCGGAAAAGAAGGUGUCCAAAGCGGCAAAAAUUGGGCUGCAAGAACAAAGAAUCGAUGGUGCAGACAUUAGCGAAGACCAGUAAAC